AUGAGUGCUGACAUGGAAGAUUUGAAGAAGAAGUACGAAGAACUAACUCGCAGGCUGGCUGAAAAGGAUGGAAAAACCCCUGCUUCGGGGCUUAUGGAUAACACCGAUCUGCCUUUCACUGACCGAGUGUUAAGUUUCCCUUUGCCUGAAAACUUCAAGAUGCCUCGCGUCAAGGAGUUUAACGGUAGUGGCGACCCUUCUGAACAUAUGGAAAGCGUCCGUGUUCACUUUUCCCUUCAUAGGUUUCCAGAUGAAAUAGCAUGCAGAACCUUUCCUCUCACUCUGGAAGGAGUUGCUCAGGACUGGUUUGCCAGAUUGCCUGCCAAGUCGAUAGAUAGUUUCAAAGAACUUGGAAGUCUCUUUUUAAGCCAAUUCCUGGCUACCAAGAAGAGGAGGAAGCACUCGGCUUGCUUACUGUCAUUACGUCAAGGGAAGGAAGAAAGCCUGAAGGAUUUCAUGCAUAGGUUCAAUAAAGAAAAAUUGUUAGUGGAUAACCCGGGGGAUCAAAUGGUAUUACCUGCAUUAUGGCAUGGAGUCAGGCCAAACGGGCCUCUAAUGGCCGAAGUAUCAAAAAGUUCUACAGAAAUAACUCUUCCCGAGUUUAUCGCCAAAACAGAAAAGUAUAUUAAUCAGGAGGAAAUAAUUAAGGCUCUCACGAAAGGUCAAGAGGAAGAAGACCGGGAGAAGGAGGACGCCAAAAAGGAAGAGGACGCCAAAAAGGAGCCACCUAGAGCAUCCGCUCCGAAGGAAGAAAGGUUUCAGAAGAGAGUAGUAAAGAAGACUGUACCAUCAGUCCCAAAGACAGAACCCCGGCGGCGUGAAGAUCGAAGGUUCACACCCUUGAAUACCAGGGUCAACGAAGUGUUUAUGGAAAUCAGAAGAGACCCAGCUUUCAGGUGGCCAAGUAAGUUGCGGGGUGAUCCAAGGAAGCGAGAUCGGACGAAGUUCUGCGAGUACCAUAAUGAUCACGGACAUUUGACGGAAGACUGCAUAACCUUGCGGCAGGAAAUCGAAACUUUCAUUAGAAAUGGAAGGCUGCCUCUCCUAUUAGAUGGAAACCGAGCUGAAGGGGCACGGGAGCCGAGAUGUGAUCGGGAUGAUGGUCCUAGAGAAGAUCCGAGACCCCCUCGGGAUCAAAGAGUAGUAAGAGAAAUCCAUACUAUUGCCGGAGGAAUAGCUGGUGGAGGACAGUCUAAUUCGGCCAGGAAAGCCCAUGCUAGGAAGACACAGGCCGAGGAAGUCUUUAUAGUGCAGAGACCGUCCAAAGUUACAAAAAAGGAUUCAGUGAUCCUUUCUUUCUCUGAAGAGGACGCUAGGGGGGUAAUGCAGCCCCAUGAUGAUCCGCUAGUCGUAACUGUAACAGUGGCCAACCAUAUGAUCCACAGAAUUCUGGUGGACAAUGGAAGCUCGGCUGAUAUACUGUACUGGCCAGUUUUUAAGCAAAUGGGUAUCGACCGUGAUAGGGUCACACCAUUUAGCUCUCCCCUGGUUGGAUUUGCAGGAGAGCAGGUCCAGCCGAUUGGUCUUAUUUCACUCCUUGUAACGGCAGGAACAGCACCUAAGCAGAAAACUAUGAUGGUAGAUUUUUUGGUUAUUGACCGACCAGGUGCCUACAAUGCCAUUGUCGGUAGACCUGCUUUGAAUAAGUUAAAGGCCGUAACUUCGACAUACCACUUGAUGAUGAAGUUCUCGACAGAAGAAGGAGUCGGAGAAGUGAAGGGAGAUCAGACCUAG